AAAUGCCACUGCAAUUUAUCCUCCAAUUCUCAUCCACUCACUCUAUAAUCCGCUCACACAUUUUUGUCUCUCCUUCCCUCUUCUUUUUCCCACUUUCUCUCUUUCUUUACCUCGUAACCAAUCCCUCUUUCUCUCUCUCUGAACCUUGACCAUGGCUGCCACUGUAAAUGCGGCAGUGUCGCUUCCAACCACUAAUUCAUCUUCUCUUCCUUCCAGAGUCUCCAACAUUGCCCCAGAAAAAAUCAAUUUCAACAAGGGUUUCUUGUACUCCAGAAAUGUUUAUGUUGGUGGAAGAAGGGUUACAAUUAAAGCUCAGGUGACCACACAACCUCCUGCUAAAGUGGAAAAGGUGUCAAAGAAGAAUGAGGAGGGUGUAGUUGUCAACAAAUUUAAGCCCAAGAAUCCAUACACUGGAACAUGUCUUCUCAAUACCAAAAUUACUGCAGAUGAUGCCCCUGGAGAGACCUGGCACAUGGUCUUCGGCACUGAGGGGGAAGUUCCAUACAGAGAAGGCCAAUCCAUUGGUAUUAUUCCUGAUGGUAUUGAUAAGAAUGGAAAACCCCACAAGCUUAGAUUAUAUUCUAUCGCUAGCAGUGCUCUUGGAGACCUGGGCGACUCCAAAACUGUUUCUUUGUGUGUCAAAAGGCUUGUCUAUACAAAUGAUCAAGGAGAAAUUGUGAAGGGAGUCUGCUCAAAUUUCUUGUGUGACUUGAAACCUGGUGCUGAAGUUAAGAUCACAGGACCUGUAGGAAAAGAAAUGCUUAUGCCAAAAGAUCCAAAUGCCACAAUCAUUAUGCUUGCAACUGGAACUGGAAUUGCUCCUUUCCGCUCAUUCUUGUGGAAGAUGUUUUUCGAGAAGCAUAAUGACUACAAGUUUAAUGGAUUAGCUUGGCUAUUCUUGGGUGUCCCAACCAGCAGCUCUUUGCUGUACAAAGAUGAAUUUGAGAAGAUGAAAGAGAAGGCUCCAGAAAACUUUAGAGUUGAUUAUGCAGUAAGCAGAGAACAAACAAAUGACAAGGGAGAGAAGAUGUACAUUCAAACCCGAAUGGCGCAAUAUGCAGAGGAGCUAUGGGAAAUGCUAAAAAAGGACAACACUUUUGUCUAUAUGUGCGGGCUUAAGGGAAUGGAGAAGGGUAUUGAUGAUAUCAUGGGCUCUUUGGCAGCUAAAGAUGGCAUCGAUUGGAUUGAACACAAGAGAACACUGAAAAAGAGUGAACAAUGGAACGUUGAAGUCUACUGAUUUUAGCAUCAUUCCAUUAUUUGCCGAUUCUUCUGUACAACGUAGAUGUGUAAACUUCUCUGCAGACUGCAAUUUUUUUCCUAUUCUUAUUCAUUUUCAAAAUGAAGCCACUGUAUCAAUAUAUGCAAUGCAGUGCUCAUGCAUUGAAAUGCAAAACAAAAUUUACGUUUUGAAAGAUUAUGUUAUAGUUUCUUUUUUUCAAA